AUUUCUUAAAUUCAGUUUGUGUCUUGUUCAUCUUCCGUCCCGAUUUUGUUUUAAGGGACAGUUUUUUUGUUUUUGUUUUUAUUUAGAGUUUGUUGACUUUUAUUUGUGGUGUCAACUUGACGGAGCGGAAGCGAAGAUCAAAAUACAGUACGUGCCCCCCCUCUUUUCCGUCAUUGCUUGGCGACUGUGACACGGUCCCUAAACUCCAAAAUCGGCUCAACUGUAUUUAUAACGCAAUAACUAUGCGGGCUUCGCUGUUCGGGAUGACAGGCUAGACUUCGUGACCUCCGUCUCACUUCAUCUCUGCCGCUUCAGAGCAGAAUGAUCCUUCGUCUUCAUGAGGCCUCUUUUGUCUCUCGAUCUGAGUUGUGGUUCCAUCAGUGCUGUUUCUACUGGGUUGGCUCCAAUUGCAAGAAGCAUCUGAUUCGUGGCUCUUACUUCAUUCCUUUCGUGGUAUGGGUUCACAAGAGUUGAAGUGUUUCCAUCGUUAUUUCACGCUUGAUGCAGCUCGGGUAGUAUUCUUCUUCUGAGUCACGGCUUACGAACAAUCGUUGUAUUGAGAUGCGGGCGCUGCUUGUUACGGUGGACGAACUAGAGUCACGAUUUACUCGACGACGAAAAUUCCGUUUUAGUUUUGGAAAGUAGGACCAAGGGUGCGAGGAUGUGACGGAUCACGGCGACUCGGAUAUUGUAGGAACCGAGCCUAGAGUGGGAUGGUCGUGUAAGUCUAGUGGUGUGUGUUCAUGCGGUCUUGACCUCAUGGUUUGUACCAGGUUUUCUUGUCGUUGAGAUCCAUUCCACAGCUGGAGUUCAACGAGCCUACUCCGCAAGAAAGAGAAGAUUUAUUUUUGCACUUUGUAUCCUUGUUAAGCAGCAUACGGCAAAAAAACUCAUAGAUUCGUAAUUUGAGGGAUCCAGGAUUACCAAAACCUGCCUGAGGAUCCUUAAUGAUUAAUAGUUACACUCCCCCGGCUCAAAACGUCGAGAUUUCAAUUCUCUGUGGACCGAGUAGUUUAUGAGAGCUCAUAGGGUUUUGUGAUCGCCGAAACUUUGCUGAAUCUGUAAUAUCUGCCGGUGCUCAUUUUUGUUCGGGCAAAGUUUGCGAAUGAUGUGGAGACCAGUGCAGGCUGGUAGAACCGGGAAGAAUAUGGACUCUCGGGAAGACGAUGACGACCUUGCAGCCAAGGUCAAACCAUUGCGAAUCGGCUACUCCUCGUGGAUAUCAAAGGGCUACAUCGUUGCCGCUCUUGCCCUUGUCUUGCUCACUCUCCUCUCCGGAGUUCUUACGACGGAUUUAUCACAUUCUUCCGGAGUCCCUGUCGUUCUUAAGUACGUCAGGGCUUUCAAGUCGGAAAUGCUGGACCUCAAGUCCGAAGUGGAGCUAAAGGAGCCUGAUUCAGGUUCGUUGCAAUUCAGCAAUCCGUCGAAUGCAAGUAAACAGGCCGGUUGUCACAAGGAUUCUGCCAGGCUUAAAGUUUUUAUGUACGACCUGCCGUCUGAGUUUCACUACGGCAUGAUCUCCGAAUUCACACCCAAGAAGAACCAAAUUUGGCCGCAGAAUGUGAGCGAUAUACCCAAGUACCCUGGCGGAUUGUAUCAGCAGCACAGCCCCGAGUACUGGCUAAUCUCCGAUUUGGUCACCUCCGACAUGCCCGAUCGGUCCACGCCAUGCACUGUCUUCCGAGUCAAGAGAUGGCAAGACGCGGGUGUGAUACUCAUCCCAUUCUUCGCGUCGCUGAGCUAUAACAAGUAUAGCAGAGCACCAUUGCUCAGAGGCAAAAAAUUGGACAGAAAUCAGGAACUUCAGUUGAAUCUAAUCUCCUUCUUGAGCUCCCAGCCAGCGUGGCGAGCUUCCGAGGGCUCGAAUCAUGUGGUCGUUAUACACCACCCCAAUGCCAUGCUGCACACGCGGGAAAAAUUUAGAAGCGUCAUGUUUGUGGUGGCAGAUUUCGGGCGCUACGGUGCCGAAGUGGCGAACAUGGCCAAGGAUGUGGUGGCGCCCUACAAGCAUGUCAUUCCGAAUUUCGACGAAGAUGUCGACGCCGCGCUUUCGUUCAAAUCCAGAACAACGUUGCUGUUCUUCCAAGGAGCGAUCGCGCGCAAGGAAGGGGGUAUCAUCCGGCAGCAGCUGUACGAGCUCCUGGGAGAAGAGCCCAACAUAAUUUUCUCCAAUGGCACGACAUCGAACGCUGGAAUCCGCAGUGCUACUGCAGGGAUGCGCCAGUCCAAGUUCUGCCUUCAUUUAGCAGGCGACACGCCGUCAUCAAACCGCCUAUUUGACGCCGUGGCCAGCCAUUGCGUGCCGCUGAUUAUCAGCAACGAGAUUGAGCUUCCUUUCGAGGAUGUUCUCAACUAUUCUGAGUUUUCCCUGUUUGUGAACUCUUCGGAUGCGCUCCGCAAAGGCUUCGUGACCGAUCUGUUGAGUAAUGUUGGCGAAAAAGAGUGGACGAGGAUGCAUGACCGUCUGCGCCAAGUGGAGCGGCAUUUUCAGUACCAGCUUCCUGCUCAGAUUGGCGACGCUGUGCACAUGACUUGGGAAGCCAUUGCUCGCAAGGUGCCAGCUCUUACUCUUGCACGUAACAAACAACGUCGCUAUGCCAGAUCUCAAUUUAUUUCUCAAAAGAUUGCCACUUGAGCGAAAUUUGCACUAUUAUCCUCAGGAAUCUCUUCUGCUUACGGCAUCCACUCAUCUAUUCUGCAUAAGAAUGAACAUGGUUCCAUUCCUCUGAAAGUUUCCAAGUCUCCAUGUUCUUCACCUUGUGAACAUCAAUCUGGGGUUUAGGUAUUUUGUCUCACCACUGAGAUUAUCUGACAAUUAUGCAGCGGGCUUGAGAGUUUCCCAUCGUAGUUCAGUAAAUAGCAUUCCUCCAUCGAUCUCCAUCUCAUUUAGGAAUCGAUUCAAAACAGUGAUCAAUCCCCAUAAAUAUUGCCAUUUCCCAAUUUGUCGACAACCUCCAUGGUCAAUGUUGAAGGUGUUGACGGAAAUAGGAAUACUGAAAGUCCCGAAAAAAAUUAAGGUCCAA